AUGCGCCUGACGCAACCUCACAUCCUGUUUGUCACAGAGAAGCUGACGUUCCGCGAGGUGCAGUCCCCGCAGGAGUUCCGCAUUGGCGAGGUGGCCGAGGUCAUCUGUGAUGUCAUCAGCUCGCCAGUGCCCGUGGUGGCGUGGUAUUACCAGAACAUGGAAAUCACAGAGGAGCACUACAGCAGGUUCCAGGUUCUUCCCAACAACAAUCUCCAGAUCCACAAGGUGACCAAGGCUGACGAGGGGGUGUACCGCUGUGAGGCGCGAGUGGAGGCCCGUGGCGAGAUCGACUUUGUGGAUAUCGCUGUGGUGGUGAACGUCCCGCCCGUGCUGUCGGUGACGCAGCUGUCCUUCAACGCCACGGCCGACUACCAAGAAUCUGUGACCUUCACCUGCGACACCUCUGGCUCACCUGACCCUGACGUCACCUGGCACAGGAAGGGGCUGCUGCUGGAGCCGUCGGAGCAGUACGUGUUCAGCGUCCAGGAGGGGGGCCGGAGCACUCUGACCAUCCGCAACAUCCGGCAGGCCGACGGAGGGGUGUACACCUGCAAGGCCAGCAACAAGGCCGGGGCCCAGGAGAAGGAGCUCUUCCUCAAGGUGUUUGUUCUGCCCCACAUCACCCAGCUGAGGAACGUGACGGCUGUGGAGGCCAGCGCCGCCAUGAUUUCCUGCGUGGCCGAGGGCGAGCCCCUUCCGGAGAUCUCGUGGAGGAGAGCCAGCGACGGCAAGACCUUCUCAGAUGGAGACAAGAGCCAAGACGGGCGCGUGGAGGUGAGGGGCCGUCACGGAAAGUCCAUGUUGACCAUCAGCGGGGUCAAGCUGUCCGACCUGGGCCGCUUCGACUGCGAAGCCCUCAGCAGGAUCGGAGGGCACCAGAAAAGCAUGUUCCUAGACAUAGAGUAUGCGCCCAAGUUCCUGACAAAUCACACCAUCUUUUACUCCUGGGAGGGCAACCCAGUCAACAUCAGCUGUGACGUCAUGUCGAACCCUCCGGCCACCAUGCUGUGGAGGAGAGAGCGCUUCACCAUCUCUUCAGAGGGCACUGGCAACAUCCGGAUCCACACUGCCGAGGGCAGGUCCUUACUGGAGGUCACCCCUGUAUCAGACCGGGACUUCGGUCGCUACAACUGCACUGCCAGAAACAACAUCGGAGCCAAAUACCAGGAGUUCAUUUUGGCUCAGGCAGACGUGCCGUCAAACCCGUACUCGGUGCGGCUCUCUGCCGUGUCCCAGCGGGUUGCCACGGUGACCUUCAUGAAGCCAGACUCCCAUGGGGGCGUCCCCAUCGGUCACUACCUGGUCCACUACAAGGAGACCGGCUCCCAGGACUGGAGGGGCGUCAAGUCCCACGGUGUUCAGAUGACGGUGUUGCUAACGAGCCUGGAGCCCAACACCACGUACGAGGUGCGUGUCGCCGCCGUCAACGGCAAGGGCCAGGGAGAGUUCAGCCACACGGAAACCUUCCAGACUCUGCCCAUACGAGAGCCCAGCCCCCCGGCAGUGCACGGCCAGAGGGGGGUGGGCAAGGUGUACCGGCUGGGGCUGGUCAAGCAGGACGACGGGGGCAUGCCCAUCGUGGAGUACAUCGUCAAGUAUAAAACGGACAAGGAGGAGCAGUGGAUGACCAAGCUGGUCCCAGGGCUCAGCGACUUUGCCCUGCUCCAGCCUCUGCAGUGGAACACCCGCUACGAAGUGGAGAUCACCGCCCGCAACGUCAAAGGCCUCUCAGAACCCACCUUCUACCAGUUCUUCAUGCCUCAGAAACCCGACAUCACAGCAGAAUCCCUGUUCAGCGGUCUGGGCUUGGGGCCAGUGGUGGGGCUGGGCCUGGCCGGCCUUCUCCUGGUGCUGGUCCUGAUCGACGUCAGCUGCUUCUUCCUGCGCCAGUGCGGCCUGCUCAUGUGCAUCACCCGCCGGCUGUGCAGCAAGAAGACGGCCACCAGCGGCAAGAGCAAGGAGAUGGAGGAGGGGAAGGCCGCCUACCUGGGCGAUGGGUCUAAGGAUCCCAUCGUUGAGAUGAGGACAGAAGAGGAAAGAGGGACUAACCUGGACGAGGGGAGUCCAGUGAAUGAACCCAAUGAGACCACUCCUCUCACAGAACCAGAGAAGUUACCCCUGAAGGAAGAGAACGGGAAGGAGACCCUGAAGCCGGAUAUGAUCGAGAUCAAAGUUCACAGCGAGAACAGUCUCCACACAAAGCAGGAGGACAGCAAAGCGUAACGAGAUCCAACGCCCUGCGCCGUCCACCAGAACAUUCCGAGCUCCCUCGCCCCGAGACCCAAACCCAGAAAAACAAACACACACCCCGACGAGGAAAAAAAGAGGAGUACAAAAGAAAAAUACUUCGGUUUGUAAUUAUGGUUCUGUAAAUAUAAAAUAUGAGAGGGCAAAAUGUAGGCACGCAGAGAGACGCGUGCUCGGGCCCAUUGAUUGGUAAAGGCUCUCCGUAUCAAGGAUGGCUCCUGUUCAAUACACUUAUUGAUCAGUGGUUGUAUAUUGGUUUUGGUGUUUUGGUUGGUUUCACGUUUUUCUUUGUUGUUGUUUUCCCUUGGCUGUGGCUUUUCUAGUGCUUCUGUCUUGAUUUGACACCUCACUUAGGAAUUGUUUCCUCUCAUCAUUGGUACACACACACACACACACAUGUUGUAGACAAACACACACCUACAUGGAAGAAAGUACUGUACCAAUUCCCGUUCCAAAGGUCCCUGCUAUGACUAAGCUCUCCCAUCACCUCCACAGACUAACCUAUCGUCCCUGUGGUCGAGUGUAUAAACCACCUUGCCGGGGCCAGCACACACGCCAGUCCAUCAUACAAACUGUGUGUGUGUGCUUGGCUAUGACUACCCAUUUAUCUCCUAGCGGCUCCGAGCUAGCACCAAACCUAAACCGAGCCAUGUCGAGAGACAGCACCAUGCGAAGCAAGGAGCCACAAAGUUUGACACACAGUGACGCUCAAUUAGCAGCUGGUUCAAGGGCUUCUGAGCGGGCCUUUCCAUGUUGUCCUUCCCUCGUUCUCAUUUUGCGAUGAUAAACGUCUGAAAAUCAAACAAAGUGGAAUCAUCGUCCUGAUGUUCAGCUUUGUCUCCAGCCGAGAGCAUGUGGUGAAGAGUCUGCGCCGUCACUGCAAAAAAAAGCUAUUUUCUGUGUAAAUACAGUUUGCAUAUCUGAUCAAAGGAAUUUGAUUUUGACUGUCAAUCUGCCACUGCUCUUUCAGUUCUAUAACAUGGUUUUCAGUUCCCAAGCACUGAGGAGAACAAGAAGAGGGCUAUACUGCAUCAGGCAAAUGGAAGAUCAAAAAUUGGCAACCAUGCCAAUUUGUCUAAAUUGUCCUGGAAAAGAAGAUCAUUAGAUAAUAGAAUUGAAUUGUAAACAGGG